GAAGAGGAAAUAAGACCCUACUCUGCCUCUGAUGGUCUUAUAAUACAUCCAUGCUUACACCCUAACAUUAACCAACCGACGUGUGUCGCGAGCGUGGUCUCGUGGGUUGAUCUCUGUGUUUUCCUUCACCAGAGACAAGGCUGAAUUCAUCACGUCUUCUUCGGGAAAUCCACAAACACGGACUAAUGGACGCUGAAGCUCUUGUUCGAGCCAAGCUUCCUGGUGACCUGGUGAAGGUUCUUGGUGUUGAGUCUCAGAGCAGCUCUAAGGCUGAAGCCUUCACCCAGGCCUUCCUGAAGAGCAGCAUCCAGCAACACACACGUCAUGACCUGAAGACCAUGCUGAGCCACAAGGCCGUGGUCCUGGGCUACUCCAGGCCCAAGAAGGGCAAGGUGAAGAGGAGCAGCAAGAAAGCUAAAGGCCUGAAUGCUUGCCAGAAGAGGGCGCUGAAGAUCUUCCAGCUCAAGCCUGAGCACCAGAGAUACAAGCUCUUCCUGUCUCUGCAUGAACUCUGGAGACAGUACAUCAUUGACCUUUGCGGUGGCCUGAAACCAACAUGCAGUCCACAGUUUGUGCAGCAGAAGCUUCUGAAGGCCGACUUCCACGGAGCAAUCAUCACAGUGGUCCGCUCUAAAUGUCCGUCAUAUGUGGGGACUACAGGGAUUCUGAUCCAGGAGUUCAAACAUGUCUUCAAAAUCAUCACCGAGGAGGACAGACUGAAAGUGAUCCCGAAGAGAAGCAGUGUGUUUGCUGUGGAGAUCAACGGCUUCGUCUCUCACAUCUAUGGAAGCAGGUUCGAGCAGCGAGCCAGCGAGCGCUCCGCCAAGAAGUUCAAAGUCAGAGGAACCAUCGACUUGUGACGGCACCUUCCAGUUCUUCCAGUCUUUUUUGGAAGACUGAUUCAGAAGAGGCGGGGCUAUCCUGACUUUAAGUCUUUUAGACUUUGCAUACACAGAGCUGCUGCUCCUGUGGGUCUUUGUAGAAAAACUGAGACAGGGUUUGGCUGCUGGGGUGUUGUGGUUAAAAAGCAGUUGGAGUGUCUGACAGCUGCUGCCUUUACAUGAACAGUGUGAUUCUGAUCUGUUGUCAGAUAUUAUCUGUCUGUUAGAAGGCUGUGAACAUCCAUUCUGUCUUUUACAGGCGCUGGAUGAGGCUCGCCGGACUGAAAGCUAAACAAACAUGUUUUUAGUUGAUGUUUCUGGAUUUCAAAACAAAGGAAAAAAUGCUGACUUUGAGGAGUUCAUCUACUUUUACUACAUUAAAAUAAGUUAGGAUUUGGGUUUUGAAAAUGUUGUUUAUAUUCUUAAAGAUAAGUAUCAUGUUUGUAUCAGUAACAUAACAUCUCAUCAGCUUUUAGUUUCAGACAACACACAGCCCUAGGUAAAAGACACAAGUAACAGUAUUCAGUGGUGGAGUGAAAAACUAAAACAUGAUUUUAUUUAGUUCACAGAAGGAGGAACUGUCGUCUGAUCAUUGAGUUAAAAUUUUAGUAUUUAUAAAAACUGAUUUAGUUUUAUAAAGUGAUGUGUGAGGACAGAGUAAACAUUUGUUGUAACCUUGUCUCUUCCUGUCUGGGAAACAUGAUGCAGGACUUCCUUUUAAAAGAACGUGUUGAAUGCGUUGGUGCAUGUGAACUCUUUCUGAUUGGACACAUUCAGCAUUGUUUAUGAGUAACAGCCCUUUGUCUGCCUGCUCUGUUGAAUGUCUCCUGCUGAUGAGUUUCUCACACUCUUGCUCUCCUGUACGAGUCAUGUGACGAGAGGUCGUUUGAAAAUGUAUCUUCUGCAGGUGUCUGUGAUGGUGCUGAUCCAAAAACCUGGUUUAAUCUCAUGCUUAAUUUAAGAUAAAAUUUCAGAAAGCCUCAUGAUGGUAAGAGGGAACUGGCCUCAUUGAGUAACAUGAUGUAGAACAGUGAGGAAGUCUGUGGUCGUUUGAGGGAUGAUGUGACCAUAUUUCACUUUAACCACUUUAAGGUUGAAACGGCUCACACCUUUUCUUUCUAAGUUGCACACAUAGUGUUUUGACAUCACAGCAGGAAAAGAACAAAACGCCUAAGCCAAAGUGUCUGCUGGGAAACUUAUUUAAUCUAAAUUCUGUCCUCAAUGCACUCCUUUAGUUUUCUGCCAUUUGUCCUGUGAUGUUAAUAAAGUAACUGAUUUUCUCCA